AUGAGGGUGGAAGAACUACAUAAUUCUCUGGAGGUGCAUGAGCAGAGAUUGAUUGAAAGGAGAAAUGCCGAAAAAGGCGUGAGUCAAGGCACGAAUCAAGCCUUACAGGCCAGAAGUGAUCAAAAUUCUAAAGUUCGUGGAGCUGGAAGAGGACAAAUGUCAAGAAGUGGACUACAUGUUGAUGAAACAAGCCAUGUAGAAGAAGAAACAUGUUGGUAUUUGGACACAAGAUGUUCCAACCAUAUGACGACCAAGAGAGAAUGGUUGAUAGACCUGGACACGAGUAUCAGAAGUAGCGUGAGAUUUGCUGACAAUAGUGUGAUCAUGGCUGAAGAGGUUGACAAAAUCUUGAUCACGCGCAAGGAUGGUUGA